GGCCGGCAGGAUCCGUUGACCUUCUUCCGGCGGGGUCGCCGUGGCGACGGGCAGUGAUGGCUGACGGCGGCGCGCAGCACAAGGCCAGUGUGAGCGAAAUCUUCAGCAGCAUGAGUUACGGGCCGACCCGAGAGAGCCCCGACACCGUGCAGGCCUGGCUGGAUUCUCACAAGCGCUGCUUUGGUCACUACAUUGGAGGCAAAUGGGUGAAGCCAGCCAACAGGCAGUUCUACGAGUCCAAAAACCCCGCCACCGGAGAGUCUCUGGCCUCCACCACGGAGGGCCAGGACGCAGAUGUAGAUCUGGCAGUAAAUGCAGCAAAGGAAGCGUUUGAUGUGUGGAGCAAGCUUUCUUGUCAUGUGAGAGCGAGGCACCUGUACAGCAUUGCGAGAAAUAUUCAGAAGCAUCAGAGGCUGUUGAGCGUGUUGGAGAGCUUGGACAAUGGGAAGCCGAUUCGUGAGUCUCGGGACUGCGAUAUCCCGCUGGUGGUGCGGCACUUCUACCACCAUGCCGGCUGGGCCCAGCUGAUGAACGUCGAGAUGAGGCCGUGGAAGCCAAUAGGGGUUGUUGCUGCAAUUGUUCCUUGGAAUUUCCCAUUGAUGUUGCUGGCCUGGAAGAUUUGUCCUGCUCUUGCAAUGGGUAACACCGUGGUGUUGAAGCCGGCCACCUACACGCGGCUCACAGCCCUGCUGUUUGCCGAGAUCUGCACCGAGGCCGGCCUGCCUCCCGGGGUCUUCAACGUGGUGACGGGGAAUGGUGCGUUUGGCAGCAAGCUGGCAAUGCACGAAGAUGUGGACAAGAUCGCUUUCACCGGCUCCACUGAGGUCGGGCGGAUCCUCCGGCGUGCCACCGCUGGCACGGGAAAGAAGCUCUCGCUGGAACUCGGCGGGAAGUCUCCCUUCAUUGUGUUUGACACCGCAGAUCUGGACAGCGUGGUGGAAGGUCUGGCAGAUGCCAUUUGGUUCAACCAAGGCCAGGUGUGCAGCGCGGGCUCCAGGCUCCUGAUGCAGGAAUCGAUCGCUGAGCAACUCACGACUCGCCUGAAGCAUCGCAUGCAAUGCCUGCGGGUGGGUGACAGCCUGGAUAAGGGCGUUGACAUGGGCGCACUGGUGGACGAGUCCCAGUUGAAGACAAUCACAGAGUUUGUCGAGGAGGCAAAGAGCGAUGGAGCCGAGGUGUUUCAGUUGACUGAAGGGAUGCCACAAAAAGGCCUCUUCUACCCACCCACCCUCAUCACCAACGUGAACACUGCAUCCCGUGUUGUUCGUGAGGAGAUAUUUGGGCCGGUUUUGGUAGCCAUGACAUUCCGUACGGCAAAGGAGGCCAUUGCCCUGGCAAACAACUCUCCAUAUGGACUCGCUGGCAGCGUAUGGACUGAGAACCUGCCGCUGGCACUGGAGGUGGCCAUGAGUUUGAAGGCUGGGUCCGUCUGGGUGAAUGGACACAACAUCUUUGACGCAGCAGCUGGAUUUGGUGGCUACAAAGAGAGUGGCUUCGGACGAGACGGCGGCAAAGAGGGCCUGUACGAGUACGUGAGACCCUCCUGGGAGGAGCGGCCCAGGCCGAAGCCGGUGGAGGUCAAGUACAAGACGUUUGCGGCUCUGCACGGAGUGGAUCUUCCACCCAUCCCAGGACACGUUGCUCAGCCACCAGAUCCAUCAGAGCCCGACGCUCGCCCAAGUGUUGACCGGACCUACAAGGUUUACUACGGGGGUGCCCAGAAGAGGCCUUACAGCAUGUACUCACGGCCCAUUUUCGACCACGACGGCCAGUACGUGGCCUAUGUCGGUGACUGCAACAGGAAGGACGUCCGGAAUGCGGUGGAGGCAGCCCAUGCCGCAGCUCCAGGCUGGGGCAAGCGAGCGGCCCACAACCGUGCUCAGAUCAUCUACUACGUGGCGGAGAACCUUGAGCAGCGGCGGGACGAGAUGUCGCACAGUCUGAGUAGACUGACGGGCAUGACCGUGGAGGAGGCUGGGGCCGAAGUGGAAGCCUGCAUCGAGCGGCUGUUCUACUGGGCUGCCUACAGUGACAAGUAUGGGGGCACUGUCCAGGAAACUCAGCUCUACGGUGCCACCAUCAUGGUUCGGGAGCCCAUUGGUGUGAUAGCCAUUGCAUGCCCCGAUGAGAACCCUCUGCUCAACUUUGUGAGUCUCUUUGCACCGGCAGUCGUUCGAGGGAAUGUGGUCGUUAUUGUUCCCAGCGAGCGGUAUCCUCUGCCAGCCUUGGAACUUUACCAGGUCUUUGAAACUUCAGAUCUUCCUGCUGGUGUGGUGAAUAUUCUGACUGGAUCACGGGAUCAUCUGAGCAAAACUCUGGUUGAGCACCAGGAUGUCCAAGCCAUGUGGUACUUUGGCUCUGCAAAGGGGUCGAAGUUUAUUGAGUGGUCGUCGGCUGAGAAUCUGAAGCGGACCUGGGUGAAUUACGGUGUCCCGCGACUCUGGUGCCACACCCGCCAGGGAUCCGGGGAGGAGUUCCUCUAUCACGCAACACAGUGCAAGAACGUCUGGAUCCCAAUGGGGGAAAUCUUUGCCAACUAGACCCAGUGUCGUCCAGACAUCCCAACCUGUCCAGGCGUAACCAUCCGUUCCUAUGCGGCCCAGUAACACAGUGAACGGGAGUUCCGCGCAGCUACAAUCACGUACCCUCCCGUUGUUAUAUGAAUGCUUUGAUUAGCCAUUGGUGUCUUCCAAUAUGGUAGAACAUGCAUCUGGUCUGAGCUUGAACAUGUGUACUGGCAGGGUGUCUGAUGUCCCAACAGCACCGUAAGAGCUCUCUACCAACAGCUGGGGGUCAAAGCAAGUGCAAAAUAUUCAUCAUGUUACAACAGGUUAAUGUCCAACAAGAUGCUGGAGUAACUCAGCGGGACAGGCAGCAUCUCUAGCGAGAAGGAAUGGGUGACGUUUCGGGUCAGUACUGACCCUUCAGCCAGUUCUUCGUCACCCAUUCCUUCCCUCCACAGACGCUGCCUGCCCCGCUGAGUUAUGCCAGCAUUUUGUGUCUGUCUUCGGUGUAAACCAGCACCUAUAGUUCCUCCCUACACAAUAAGGUUCAGCUAUGCGUCAUGAUGGAAAUAUUUUAUUUGUUUGUUUUUGAAUGUUGGACUGUUUCCACCUUGACUCCGAGCCGAUUCCAUGGAACCUUGUUAAGAGCUGAACACUUUGGGACCUGCCAGAUCUUUGCUUUCCCGCAUUCCUCCCCUCCGUCCAUGCCUGCAAUGGCUGAUGUUAGUUUGCUGACUUGUGCCAAUUCUCGAGAGUCCCCUUUCUUUCCCGAGAGUCCCCCUUUCUUCUGCCCAACAGGCAGACAGAAUUCCUCAAACCCUGGUUGGGAGGGAACCCGUUCUACACGUUUGACUUUUCUUGUGUGGAAACCCCUCUUCCUUACUCGCCCUCCAGUGAGACAGAAGGGAAAAUUUUCCCGACUGUCAAAAUUAUUUUUUAUCCCAGGAGUGUAAAUCUGGGCUCAAGGUCACGGAUUGUGCUUGCUACAGGUUUGCCCCGUGCCACAACUUCACCACGGUUGUUACAGGUGCCGCCGCACCAGAAUAACUUGGCAUUGCUACCUGUACCCGCCUUUCAUGCUGAGCCAACAUUCUUUGAAGAGCUGCAAGUAUUGUUAUGAUGCUUUGCCUUUGGAACAGAAUGUGGGCAGGAUGCGCCUUUGCCCAAUUGCUGCGUUCACUGUGUUUUACUGAACAGGGCUGCAGUCAUUUAUCGGUAUGUCUUGGAGCUCUGUUUGUAUCCAGUCCGCCUCUUCAUUGCCUUUUAAGUGUUUAUAAGACAAAAACACUCUCGACCUAUUUCCUUCUAAGCUGGCCGUACUGCACACGCCUGCUGUAAUCUCAGUGCUAAAUGAGGCCUUUCUUGGCAAGAUCAGAAAAGUAGCAUUGGUGCAAAAAUGUAAAACAUUGAGUUGCUGUCUAAUUCCAAGUGAUUUUUGAUGGACAGCCAGAGUCUAUCGGUGCUUCCUACUGUUAACAGAAACAUGUAACCCAAAUUCCUGCAAGGUUUAGUUAACAUGAGAAACUGAUCGAAGAAGACUGAGGUUAUUAAACUUAAUGAAAUCCUUAUGUAUAAAAUA